AUGGCCGCCCGAAGCCGCCUUCCGCUGCCUACUUCCGUCCGCUUCAUGGGAGACGGAGGAGAUCAGAAGGAGGGCGGCGAGACCAAGUACCGGGGCGUCCGGCGCCGCCCGUGGGGGAAGUACGCGGCGGAGAUCCGCGACCCUGGCCGUCACGGCGCCCGCGUCUGGCUCGGCACCUUCGGCACCGCCGAGGAGGCGGCCCGAGCCUACGACGAGGCCGCUUACCAGAUGAGGGGCGAUCUCGCGGUGCUGAACUUCCCGGAAGAGGUCCGUUCUCGCCGCCGUCGCGUUGCGGUCUCGCCGUCGACGAGCCGAGCUCGCGGGAGCCCCGCGGCUGCCGCCGGGGAGCAGGUGAUCGAGCUGGAGUGCUUGGACGACAAGGUGUUGGAGGAGCUUCUCCGGUCGAGCGAAGCGUCAGAAGAAGAAGAAGCGAAGGCUUCGGAUGGUAAAUAA